AUGUCUGGCACAUCAUUGAUUGACUCAGUCAUUGACGAUGACGAUGAGUUCUGCCCCCUUUGCAUCGAAGAGUUCGACCUUUCCGAUAAGAACUUCAAACCGUGCCCAUGUGGGUAUCAGAUAUGUCAAUUCUGCUACAACAACAUCAAAACCCAGAACGAAGAGGGUAGAUGUCCUAACUGUCGACGCGGAUACGAUGAAAGUACCAUCCAGUACAAGAUUCCCGACGCCGAAGAGUUCAAGGCAGAUUUGGCAUUGAAGCACCGUAAGGCAGCUGCAGCGAAGAAGAAGGAAGCAGAGCGACGGGAAAUCGAAGCUUCCAGUCGGAAGAAUCUGGCCGGCGUGCGUGUUGUCCAGAAAAACCUGGUCUACGUCAUCGGCUUGAACCCUACAAUCCGCGAUGAAAAUCAGCUCCUCCAAACACUCCGAGGAAGGGAAUACUUUGGUCAAUACGGCGAGAUCGAAAAGAUCGUGGUCAGCAAGGCGAAGCCCGGCGGCAACCCGAACCAAGGAAUUGGAGUCUAUGUGACUUUCUCCCGCAAAUCCGACGCUGCGACGUGUAUUGGAGCUGUGGACGGUUCUGGUAAUGGCGAUCGAGUCUUGCGAGCGCAAUACGGAACCACCAAAUAUUGCUCAUCCUUCCUCCGCAACGAGCAGUGCAAUAAUCGGAAUUGCACGUUCCUCCACGAGACCGGGGAAGAUAGUGACAGCUACAGCCGCCAGGAUCUAUCUUCCAUGAACACCAUAUCCACGCCCCGCCAAAGCCUUCCUCCCACCCCCUCCCACGUGCGGACCGUGCAGCCGAUCUCUCACCCUAUGCGCCGGCAACCGAGCAAAGACGAGUCGAUCAGCAGUCGUUCCGGAGUACCAGAUGGCCCGGCUCUUCCAUCAUCUGCUAGCUGGGCCAACAAGGAUGCUGCAAUCCAGAGGACCAGAAGGGCUAGUCUCACUGGGAGUCAAGCGUCCAACAGCCCUCGUCCUGCCAGCGUGAAUGUCUCCACCCCGGCCGAGGAACCAAAGCGUGUGGAAAGACCCUCGCCGACUCCCCAAGAGGCUCAACAGUCUCCAGCGGAACCUGAGAUCCAAUCGCCUGCGCCGCCACGACCUCGUCGCACAACACAACGCCCGAAGCAACCCACGCCAUUUGACGAUCUCCUGAAAGAGAUCACUUCCCCCGAUUUCCGGUUCUCGUUCAGUACGGCCGAGCUAACCCCCGAAGAGGUCAAACUCAUCAGCAACUACCCUUCUUUCAUCGAUCCAUAUGGCGGUGUUAAGCGGCGAGCCAUGCGCGAGAAGGUCGAGCAAGAGCGCUUCAGCCGGGAGCACGAGUUGUUAAGAAACGUUGCCGCCGAAGAGGAUAGCCGGGAAGCUGGCAGCCUUCAACUGGGCGGCGAGCCUGAAGAUGGCAAUCUUCCCCGUGGCCGACAGUCUCGUGAGUCUCACGGUGCUAUCCAGCCACCUUCGCAGCAAGAUACUGCCGAGAACUCGACCGUUGGAUCUCCCGUUUCUACAGCAAGCCAUCAGUUCCAGGGAUUGAAUCUCGCUGGCAGAAGCUUGACUCCCUUGCAGCAGCAACAACUGAUGCUACUCAAAUCCGCCGGAAACCAGCAAGCUGGAUUGGCUGAUCCUCUAAGCUCAGCCGCUUUGGAUCAAGCAGCACAAGUCCGCCAAGGACUUCUUCACAACCAGAUGGCCCAGAUCAACGCUCUUCAGGCCGCUCAAAAUCGACAGUCCUCCCGAUUUUCAUUCAAUGAAGGUGGAUCCAAGAACAUGCCCAACGCCCGCAUGUUGAGUCAGAUGCAAUCUGCUUCUCCCAAUCCUCUUUCCGCGCCCAGCCCCCAGCACAGUCUCGCCAGCGGUUACUAUGCCAGUGGUGUCCAGGGUCCCCCGCCCGGCUUGAAGACAGCUGGCACCCCUCCCAUAAGUGGCGGUGGAAUGUUUGCUCAGGGUCAUGGCUUCACCGCUGGAAUCAGCGGCAGUGGCGGAAAGCAAGAUGCGACACCGGAAUUGAUGCGCGAGCUCCUACGGGGACGAACCGGCACAAAUGUUGGCAAUGGCAAUGGUGGUCUGCAGGGCCAGGAGGCGGCUAAGCGUGAGUUCAUGUUCCCUUUUCUCCAACAGCACAAUACCCCACCCCCCAUGACUCCCACCAACGGCCUUCUCAACUCUUUCUAUGGCUCCCAGACAGGUAUCUUGCCUGACUCUGGCGGUCAACAGAAACAGAAGAAGAAGGGAAGGAAGCAGAGACACGCUAACACUUCCUCCGGUGGAGGUGGUGUAGUAGAUCUUGCGGACCCGAGCAUUUUGCAAGCGAGAAUGCACCAGGUCGGUGCCAAUGCUAGUGCUGGGCAAUCGUUGUACGGGAGUCAGGGCCAAGGUGGGUACAAUCCCUCAAUGGUUUACGGUGGAGGCAUGAGAGGCUGGUGA